UGCUAGGCGAGCCCUGUGGCCGUGAGCAACGAUACAGGGUAGAGUGCAGAAAGGAAUUUUAUAACAAAUGGGUUAUUUGCCUAUGAUAUAUGCAUGCAUUGAAACAAAUAUACCCAAAAUGUUAAGUACCAAUAUCCUAAGACUGUUGAGUACAAAUAUUCCAAAAAUCCACCAAGAAUGGAAGUAUCACACCGCUCUAACAAGGUUAUAUUCUCGUCAACAAAAUUCAACACCGGCGAAAAAUGUUUUUACAGACAGAAAAGCUCCCUGGAGGGUCUUGUUCUUCGGUAAUGAUGAUUUUGCGUUACAAAGCCUCAUGCAACUUCACCAUAAUUAUCGAGCAGGGAAAUCGAUUGGUCAUCUCGAAAUUGUUACUCCUUAUGAUGGAAGAGAAAACAUAGUCGCAAAAUAUGCAAGACAACACGGGAUAGCAAUACGCAACUGGCCACCAGAUAUUAACUUGUCUGAAUUUGACAUAGGACUAGUUGUAUCCUUUGGAUAUUUAAUUCCAUCUCGCAUCAUACUCUCCUUUCCAUUGGGCAUGUUGAAUGUCCAUGGUAGCUUGCUGCCUAGAUGGAGAGGUGCUGCGCCAAUAAUAUACGCAUUGCUGAAUGGAGAUAGUGAGACGGGUAUUAGUAUUAUGAAAGUAAUGCCGAAAAAAUUUGAUAUUGGAGAAGUGGUGGCUCAACAAAAAUUAAAUGUUCAUCCUGACGAAACAAUGCCAGAGUUACGACACAGAAUGUCAAGGCUUGGUGCAGACCUUUUGAUGGACACUGUGGAAAAAUUACCAGAUAUUUUAGAUCAUGCUGUACCACAAAGUAACGAAGGAAUAACUUAUGCACCCAAAGUAACUCGGAAAUUAUCUAUAGUAAAGUGGAAUGAAAUGACUGCCAAGAAUGUUUAUGACUUGCAACGUGCCUUGUGUAAAUUAUAUCCCCUGACUACAACGUUUAUGGGUGCAACACUAAAGCUCUUUGAUGUUCGGGUACUUGGAGAUCCACUUCCAGGAAAACAAGUGUCUGACAUAGCACCAGGUCUACUGACAUUCAACCAAGAGCUACAUAAAUUAGUGGUAUAUUGUCGAGGGAAUACCAAAAUUUCUAUCAGUAAAAUAGGCUAUCCUGGUCGACCACCCAUGUCAGCUCAGGAUUUCUAUAACGGAUAUCUUUCAAAGAACCAACUACAACAAUACCUUUUUUCGUCGUGAUUAUUAGGUAAUAAAUAGAAACAAAAAAAAAAUGUCAUAUAGACAAAAGUUAUACGACAUGUGCUAUGCCUUUUUAUUUUACAAUGAAAUUUUUCCACGUACCUGGAACUCAAAAUC